AUGGCAGAAGCACAAGCCUUAACCUCUGUGUUCUCAGAGAAUCACGACCCAGAAGAUUUCAGCUGUUCAAUAUGUCGGGACAUAUUUCAGACCCCAGUCAGAACUCAGAACUGUCAGCACGUCUUUUGCAGAAAAUGCUUGUUAAUGGCUAUUAAAGCAAGUGGCGCCCAUUGUCCUCUCUGCCGUGGGGCAUUAUGUAGAUGGGAAAGAUCAGCACCAAUAAGAGCUUCGGACAUAGAAAUGAAAAUGAGGAUCCUCUCGCUAGAUUGCACAUGCUGUGGGAAACUGGUGAAGUUAUCUUACAUGCGACUCCACUACAAGACAUGCAAAGGUUACCAGGAGGAGUUUGGAACUGCAGCCAAAGACUCGAAAUUGCACAGUGACCUAUAUAAUGCCAAACAGUUCGAUGCACUGUACAAGUGCCCACUGUGCCAACAAGGAAACUUGAACAGAAAAGCCUUACUGGACCAUUGCAACUUCAUGCAUUAUUUUGACGUUGCAGAAGCGAUGUGCCCUAUAUGUUCUGCUUUGCCCUGUGGGGAUACCAAUUAUUCAACUGGCAAUAUUGUAGGACACCUAAAUGCCAGACACCAGUUUAAUUAUGACGAGUUCAUGAAUGUCCACCUGGAUGAAGAAGCACAGUUCCAAGCUGCAAUUGAGAAAUCCUAUCAAUUAUUCUACUGACUGUAAAUGACAAUGAUUAUUAUCAAUUGAAAAAGGCAAAUGUGUGUAGUCCUUG